AUGCCUCCUCCUGCCGCCACGAUAUAUGCGCUUCCAACUGAGCUCAUUGGGGUGAUCAUCAAAGCCUGGCACAUACUCGACCCAUGCGCACCAGAAAUAGCAAUACAGAUCUGUCGCUCUUGGCGCUCCAUCGCACUCUCCAUGACGGCACUUUGGCGAGUCCUGACUCUGACGACUCAAAAAUCAUCCUUGGUAAAGGUGCCCCUCUGGAACAAGCGAUCUUGCGGACAUGUCGAGCACUUGAGACUCAUGUCAACUGUUGUCCCGAAGGGCCUUUCUGCGCUCGGAACCGCUUUGGAUGAUCUUAACUUAGGAGAGAUCUCGACGCUGGAAUGUAAUCUCAUAGAAUGGGUUCGGCACGACGUCUUCAAACGGAUAACUCGGCUCCAACGGUUUCGGGUUGCAACGAUUGGCUACGCCGUGCAUCUAUGGUGGGACAUCGUCUCCGCAAUGGAAAAUCUCCGCAUGCUGGAUCUUGUAAACGCAUAUCCGCAAGAUGAUCGAGCAUUACAUUUGCCGAAUUUACGCGUCGUACGCUUUCAGUCUCCAGAAGGGGCAUAUCUCAUCCGCUUCCUCCUCAAAACAUGUGCCGGAAUCCCUCUUGAAGAAGCGACGCUCUCUCUCAAACAUAGCCGCGACAAGGCCAUCACUCAACCCAGCGAUCGGGACCUCGCCAACAUGGGCAGUUCGCGAGUCGACUACAGCCAUCUACGCUAUCUUCGGCUCUCCGGUACGAUGGACUGGCAUCUGCUCACAGCACGUUUGUUCCUCCCCGAGCUUCACACACUCAUCAUGGAUCACUUUCCAAGUCCGUCACUAACGGCAUGCUUCGGCGAUAUCCGCCCACUCGACGCCCGUGUCCGAUCUCUUACCGUUCACACACAGGACCAUCUCGCCAUCGAAGAAGGCCUGAGCAUCCUCAUCCAACUCGAGGGUGUCCCAACCCUACAACACCUCCGAAUAUGCGGCUAUCUCUCCGAUACCUUCCUCGACGGACUUAGUGAUGGAUGUCAGCCACAUCUGGUGCAUAUCGACCUUUCAGGAUGCGAAGGCGUCUCUCCUGCGGCAGUCGUGCGCCUCGCAGUUGGGAAGAUCGAGAACGGAAACCCCCUUCGGCGAAUAACGCUCAAUGGCUGUCAAUGGGUGACAGAAGAUCUCGUGUCGGUACUGAAGGAUAUGGGUCUCGUGGUCGACUUCGAGCAUGGAAUCGUGCCCCUCGUUCCCCAAGGCUGGAGACACUGGACAUUUGUCAACACCUAA